AAACAUGUUUUUGACGGAAAAAACGUGUUUUUGGCGAGAAAACGUAUUUUUGCGGUUUUGGAUGGAAACACGUUUUUGCGAUUUUCGCAGGAAAAUGAAUUUUUUUGGUUUUGCCGAGAAAAUGAGAUCUUUCUUUAUUGGCGGAAAACGCGUUUUUGGCAAGAAAACACGUUUUUGCAGUUUUGACGGGAAAACGCGUUUUUGCGAUUUUGGCGCGAAAACAUGUUUUUGCGGUUUUGGCGGGAAAACAUAUUUUUGCUGUUUUGGCGGAAAAACACGUUUUCGCUGGUCCGAACUUAGGUCGGUUCAAAAUUUGACACAAAUCGAUAAAAUAUUAAGAUAAUAAUUUUUUAAAAAAAAUUCAACAUAAAUAUAUGGUCCCAUUAAAAUUAUAAAUUAGUAAUUUUGUAUAUACAUAUUUUAUAUAAAGAUCUCAAACAUAUUUAAUGCUUUUAGAGAUAUUCUGUAUAAGUUAUUUCUUAAUAUCUUGAGAAUUUAUAAUAUUCUAAAUCUUGUUAAAUCUAUAACAAAAUUUUAUAUAAUAAGAUUAAUUAUUUUAAAAAUAUUAAUAAGAAAACACAAAUAACAAGAACAACAACAAAAAGGAUUAAGAACAAAGUCCAGUCCAGUACAGCCCAAACUAGUCGUAUAAAAUCGUUUGGACAGGGUUUCGUAUGAUGCAAGUAACUUAUUGCUGCUCUCUCGACUCUUUUCCGGAAAAAAUAGACAGCCGCAGUUUUCAAUGGCCGACAAAGCUAAUUUAUUGGGUAAACGAAAGGCGGAGGAUGGUUUGAAGACAGAACCGCUUUUAAGGAGGCAUAAGGAGAAAGAGACUAGGCAAGGAUUAGCUGAUAGUACUCUCAAAGGAACAGCAGGAGAGUUGUCGGAGACAAAGGCCGAUGAGUCUAAUUUAAUCUCAGAAAAGGAGGAGGAGACAGUGGAAGAAAGCCUUGAUGAAACUCCUGAGGAAUUUUCAAAGAUCCUCUUUGUUGCAAAUCUCUCUCCCCAAACAGAAACUUCAGAUAUCAUUGAUUUCUUCAAAGAUGUCGGACAAGUUGUUCGUGUUCGUCUUCUGCUCAACGCCCGGGGCAAGCAUCUGGGUUAUGGUUUUGUUGAAUUUGCUUCUUCUAACCAAGCAAAGAUGGCGCUGGAAAGGAAGAACCGUCAAUCUUUGCAUUGUAGCAAGAUUAUUCUAGAUGAAGCUCCCGAUUUUGUUGAGGAAGCUGCCGUACCAAUAAAGACUCUGUUUAUUGCCUCUUUCCCUCGCUAUUCAACUGAAAUAUCAGAUAUCAUUGACUUCUUCAAAGAUGUUGGACAAGUUGUUCGUGUUCGACUUGAAAUCAACGACAGAGGCAAGUUUGUUAGGAGUUUUCAAGGCUCCUAA